CCAAUCGUAUACCGUGUACUAUUUCUCAACUACUUCCGCUUGGUAAGCCAAUUAAAUUUUAGAAUAAAAAUCAUUGGAAACACGUUACUAGGGAAGCCAUCAUUGUUUUGGGCAGCUGUGUUGUUGUGCUGUUUACUUUUCUUUGGAGAAAAAAACUGAAUCAUGGCAAAACUAGUCCAGGCACCAACUCGGUUUACCCACCAAGACUGGACCACAUCCAACCUGACAAAGUAUGCCAAUGCAGAGUCAGAAAGGGCAGCAGCCGAAAGGCUGGUUGAUGAAUCAAAGCGUCUUUCAUUGGAAACUGAAAAAAGAACUGAAAAAACCCAAAGGGACGUUAACAAAAAAUUUCAACAACGACUUGAUGACAUCCGCUACUGGAAAGAUGAGUUGGAUGACAAACUAGCAGGUAUCACAACAGAGAUUGACAACCUCCUUGCAUUUAAAACACGUGUAGAAAAAGCUCUGGAGGCUACUCAUGAACCUCUCCACAUUGCUAAGCAGUGCCUCAUGAACAGGGAAAAGCGUCAAGGAAUAGACCUGGUUCACGAUGAUGUACAGAAAGAGCUGAUCAAGGAAGUAGAAGCCAUUGAAGGAGUCCAGGCACUCCUUCAGAGGUCCCUGGAACAAGCCAUUGAACAAAUCAGGCUCAACCGUAAAGCAAAAUUCCAACUAGAGAAGGACCUUAAAGACAAGUUUUCUGUUCUGUCCAUUGAUGAGUACUGUGAACAACUAAAAAACAACUCUCCAAACAUAGACUUCAAGGAGGGCACUGCCAAAAUAGAAGCCAACUCUGUAUCACCUGAGGACUGGCAGGAUUUCUCGCAUGCAAACAUCCUGAAGGCGGAACGAGAGAGACAGAGCUCAGUGGAUCUGCGCUCCCUAGUUGAUGGCAUUCUCCAGCAGACAUGCAACGACAUGCGCAAGCAGUGCAGGGAGGUCAACGUCGCCUUCGACAAGAGGAUUGCUGAGACCAAGGACACCAAGGGCAAACUGGAGGACCAUCUUAACAAGGUCCUGGCCCAGAUGGCCGAGAUGGAAGAGAACAUUGCUCGCCUACAGAAGGCCAUCAGCGAUAAGGAGCAGCCGAUGAAGCUGGCCCAGACACGGCUGGAUACGCGCACCCAGCGACCAAAUGUGGAGCUCUGUCGCGACCCUGUCCAGUACCGCCUUAUCGAAGAAGUGCAUGAGAUUGAGGGCUCUGUGGCAGGCCUGCAGGCACGACUUGCCGACGCCGAGGCCUCUCUGAAGGGCCUCAUUCGUAACCAGCUAUCCCUUGAUGAAGACAUCCAGGUCAAGUCCAACACUCUGUUCAUUGAUGAGGUGGAAUGCAUGGGCAUGAGAAAGAGUAUCAAUAUCCAGAGCUUCUAGACUUUGUCAUAAUCAUGAACUGUUUGUUGCAUACACUGUGACUAAAUUUAUUAUUUGUAAAAGUUCAAGAGAAAAUAUACAUAAAUUGUUGUAUAAUUAUUGAAAUAUCUAUUUGUGUCUGCAUGGGUAUUUGUAUUGUGUAAAUGUUUUGUUCUUGGUAACUUUUUAUGAAAAUAAUGUACACAGAU